GUAGAGUAAGCGACCAAAUCGAAGUAAACAAACAUGGCUGUCUGUGUAUCUGUCAUUGGGAAGGAGAACAGCCCACUGUACAUAUGGGUAGGCAACGGAAAGGAAGAACUGCACCUCCACUACUUAGCCCACACUGCACUAGACGUCAUACAAGAGAAAGUGUCUGCAGUUAACAAGACUCCAGGAGACACGAGGGAGCUGUACUUGGGUCUCCUCUAUGCAUCAGAAGAGUACAAAGUUUUUGGCUACACAACCAAUACGAGGAUCAAGUUUGUCAUCAUCACGGAUGCAGCUAACACCACACUCAGAGAUAAUGAGAUUAGAAUGAUGUUCCGGCGAUUACAUAACAUGUAUACCAAUGUUGUCUGUAAUCCCUUUUAUGUUCCUGGUGAGCAGAUCACAUCAAGAGAAUUUGAUAAAGGAGUGGGAGCUUUAGUAGCUGGAAAUUAAGGAUUAUGCAAAUCUUUUUGUCAUAAGAAGAAUUAAUGAUCGGAAGAUAUUUUGGCCAAGCAUACAUAGAUACCGCAUGAUGUGUUCUGUUGAAAAGUUGUGCUCUAUGUUAUAUAGUUGAAUGACUAUAGAGUAAUAGGUGUAAAGGGAGUGACAAUUCAUGUCUGUUUGAUAUUUGUCUUAGUCUCCUUUUGAAUAGAAAAUGGUUAAGGUGAAGAGAUAUUAACGUAUAUUAAUUUUAUUCCGGUUGACAUAGGGUAUGAAAAUAAACAAGGGAUACUGCAGAUUAUGUUUAUAUGUUAUUUAUGUUAUUUUAUUUUAUUUUUACAGAUUUGUAUGCUGCCAUGAAAGAAAGCAUUUUUCAUAUUUUGUUGAAAGAGUUUAUAUAUUGAAGUUCAGUGUUGGUACUGACCCUUUUUUUAGACUAAUGCCCCAUUCCAAAGAAGUAUUCUACACUAUGUAUUUUCCAUUAUGAUAUCCAUAAUUCUGGUAUUAGUUAAGUAAUGUUACAAUUAUUGUGAAGAGUCUGAGAAAAAAAAAUUAGAAAGAUUAGUAUAUCAUUUAACUUUUUUCACUUGCAUAUACAAAUCUCAGGCAUACAGUGAUAUACAGUGUUUCGGUAUUUCCAAUAAAAUCUUUCAACCAAUUGGCAAAGGAUAACAUCUGGCAAAUAAUCACAGCUUAAGGUUGACAUCAUAUGUCAUGAGUAUAUGCCCCACUUGUCAGGAUGACAUCUCGCAGGCAUUAUCAGAAGAUGGACAGUCACCCAGGCACCCUUCCCAACUGUUAAAUUUUUUGCCUGUUAUUAUUGAUAUAAAGCUUGUGGAGGGAACUACAUAUAUGUAAGGUUAUUAGAAUGCAUUGCAUUUAUGUGUGGAAGCAGUUGUUUUAUUUGAAAACAUACUAUACACUUAUUAUAUGACUUAACAUAGUUACCAUCCAGCGGAAACGACUAAUAUCCAGUGUUCAGUGUAUAUAAUGAGAAUGAGUUGUAUCAGAUAGGAAAAUAACAGAUUAUCAUUACUCACUGUAAAUGAUGCUGUUACUUAUCUGUUACAGUUGUUAAGAUGACCUUUUUAUUGGCCUAUAGCUUUGGCAGUGUAUAUAUGAGGUUGGACAGGUAUAUGAUAUAUUUGAGUGAUGAACUGAUUAUGGAUGUUAGGGUACUAAAAGAUGUAUAAGGUAGAAAGAGCCUUUACUAGGAAAAUGGUUUCCUAAAUUAUCUACAAGACCAAGCACAAGUUGAACUGUUGGAAUUAUAUGCAACAAAUACUCUGGUCUGGGUUUCUUUUGAUAUGUUAUAUAAGCCCAAGUAAAACAAUAGAGUUAAAUAUAUGAUGUUUCUGUGUUGGUGCUAGCUUUUACAUGUCAUGAUUUCUAAUGCGUGUUGCUGGGGCCACACAGAGAUUACUGCUUAAGUCUUUCUAUGUAUCUUAAAGAAGCUGAAUAGUUGAAGUGACAAUGAAAAUUAUAGAAAUAAACUUUUGUAAUACGUUUGUUACGAGUCAUCUUUAUGCUUUUGUUUUUGAUAGUAACAGUUGUGUUCAGUUGAAGAAAUCUCUGUACAUAAUUAAAUAUAUUUAUCUAUUUAUGAUAAGAAAAAAAUAUUUUUGCCUCAUUUACAGUGGAGAGUUGCAGGUGUCUUCAUUUCUCAAUCCAAUAACAAGCCAAUAUGAAAAAUAAAAUGUUGAAAAUUA